UAGAGUGUAAAAGCUUGGACGACGUGUUUAACACAACACGAUUAGGAAGAAUAUAAGAAUAUAAAUGAUCGUGGACUAGUCGCAAUUAGUCGUGGACCUUGUGCAUAGCAAAUUUGUCUUCCUUAAACACGCACUACAUACGGUUGGAGCCUGUUUAGUGCGCCUGUAUAGGGAGAGUGUAGGAAUUAGAGAUUCACCCAGUGUCAGUGACAUGAGUCGACCAUGCUAAGCUUAUACUUUAUAGUCACUGUGUUGUGUUUUAUUUUUUGUGGAGCUUCACAGAAAGAUGGUGUCGAUUGUGGUUUUGCAUCCUCUUGGCUUGAAUCAGUGGUCCUGUCGGUGAAGCUUACUAAACAAGGCUUCCACAGGGACCUUGUUUAUGAGGUUCGACAUGAGCCUACAUCACAUCCUGUCAAGGCUUUGCUUCUUCACAGAUUGCCUAAUGGCGUUUACAUGGAUCAGUAUCAGCUUGCAGAUCUGAGGGAGGAAAUGGGAUUACAGGUGCUUCUUGAUUCAGUUUUGGAUCUCGAGAGCCCGGCCCAUAUUUCUUCUGCUUUCUCUGCACUGGUCUUUCUCAGUCCUCCUGAGCCUCUGCAGGCAGCAGUUCCUGUCCAUGGCCGGUACCACAAGGCAUCCAGUUCAGGAGGAUGGGAACGAGUAAUCAUCGAACCACCAAGACUGCUGCUUCGCUCAGAACACUGUGACACUGUAGACCCUGGAUUACCACACAGGGUGGUCGAUGCUCCUUGCACAAGUCAGAACCAGAGUUGGUGCUUAUGGCUGGAGAUCCAUGGAUUACAGGUGCCAAGUCUGAGUCUCGAGCUUCCAGUGGGCGAUUCCUCUCUGAACCUCCCUGUGUGUGCUGUAACAACACUGGUGUCUCUGCUGUGUAGUGCUUUUCUCUUCAGGGCUGUCUGGAAACAUGGCGUCUUCUGAAACUGAAACUAUAACAGUCCAAAAAAGUGUCAUAUUCUCAUGAGCAACUGUACAGUUACAAGCCUGUGUUAAUCAUAAAUGUCUGUGGGAAAGACAUUUUACCCUCCUGGACUGAACAGAAUUUUAUUUAUGUAUAGUAAGUAUUCUGUAUACUGCGGUCAUUCUGUCUCAUCUGUAUAUGUUGUAUUUUUUCAAUUAAAAUGUUCCAUUACCUAA